UUAUUGAAAUAAAAUUAUUAAACUGUUUACAGAAAAACAAAUAAAUAAAAGCUGCGCAUUUAACAAGAGCAAUAUUGGCCAGGCACCACCGCCAGCUCCUUCAAACUUGGAUUUUAUGGUUUAAAUUGCAGAAGAAAAAGACACAGUGAUGGAAGACGAGGAGAAUAAACGUCCUAAUAUUUUUGAUGCACCAAUAAUAAUAGAUAACACUCCCAUGGAAAACGUAGAAGACGUAUUUAAUGUAAAUGUUGACAUACAACAAAUGUUGCGUAUGCAAGCAGCAUCGAAUGUUAGUCAAAGACAGAUACUGCAACGAUUAGUAAAAAUAGAAAACGCGUUGAAACACCGCGCUUUAAGUCCUAAUAAAAUUAAGGACGAUCUUAUAAAACCAUAUUUACCGUUAACAACAGUUGCAGUCGUGAAGGAAUUUGAUGCGUUAUUGAAAGCAUCAGAUGAUACUGUGAUACAGUUUAAAGAGUUUUUAUCAAAAACGGAUGGUAAUAACGCCAGAGAUAACAUUCUUCGUAUUCUUAAAAAAACAUUUACAAAUCAAUGCUCUAUGAGAUGUUCUUGGAAAGGACUGCGACAAAAUUUUCAAGUUUCAAACUUACAUCUCAUACAAAUUAUAAAAAGUACGUUACAAAUGUUAUAUCAAUAAAUUAGAACUUUGUAUUGUAACAAUUUUAUUAAAUAUGUCAUUUCUUUUCCAGAAGAGGUAAUAUUACGUUACG